AUGGACUCCGAGAAUGUGUUCGACAUAUAUAGUGCCCCCGAGGCUCCUGAAGCUCCCUCGAGCAAGAAGAAGACGAGCAAGCGGCAUCCCGGGGAAAGCAGUAAAGCGCCUCCGGCUAAGAAAACUCGUAUUGCAGGCCCUCCGGCAGACGGACCUUCAACAAAUGUAACACCACCUCCUUCUCCUCUCGAGCAGCAAACUCCUCCUGCUCCUGUCGAGUCGACACCUUCUCCACUGGCCCCAACCGACCAGACUCAGCAGGCUGCUCCUGCUUCCACAGGAGGCGACAUAUCGAGUCAUGCCUUAAGAUCUGUCAAAGACAGGGUGGCCAAAAUUUUGAAGCACGAACAUUGCCAAGAGGCAAUGCUGACCCUUACUGCCAGCCGGCUCUGCUCGGGUGCCAUCACCGAGCAGUCCAGGGCUUUGGAGCAACGACACGCUGAAGAACUCAAGGCUGCCGAAGCAAAAUACACUGAACAGCUUGAGGCAAUGCUUGAGGAGAAGAACAAACUGGCUGAGGAGGUAAAGGAGAAGCAGACUACUCUGGAUAAGGCCAUUGAUCAAAGAGACAAUUUCAAGGAGUCUAACCACAUCAACUACCACGAGAAUAGAAAGCUUGAGGAGGACUUGACCGCGAGUAGACAGGAGACUGCAACAUUGGAGGGCCGGAUUGAGAAGCUUGAAAAAGCUAACGCCAGAAAUUUGGAAAGGGAGCCUCAGCCUCAGCCUCAGUGCAGAUCUACUAUUCUCGCUCAGUCUGGGAAAGGAAAGGCCAUCCAGAUUGAGAGAGAACUCAACUCAUCUUCGGACGAUGAGGACAAGUUCAUUGACCAGAUUCUCAACUCAGAUCCAGAUAUGUUCAGGCAGUGCAUUGCUUCUGCUCCAAAGAGGAAAGCUGGCGAUGGAAGUGGCUCCACGCCCCCGAGGAAGAUUCCAAAGACGCUUAUGACCUUCUGUCACGCCCAGCAGCAGUCAGUUGAUUACAAGGAGUUGAUCAAGCAGCAAGCUCAAACCAACCAAUCCUUGACCGCUCAACUGGAGAAGCUGACCCUCGAGAAUAAGGAGUUAGCUCGUGAGAAUGAGGGACUAAUCAGUGAGAAUGAAGAGUUGAAACAAGAGAAGGAGGCUAAUUUAACUCGCUACGAGGAGGCUAGCUUCGACUGCUUUUAUUAG